AUGAUGGAGGAAAAGAAGAAUAGCACACACGAUGUCGACGGGGCUUCGACAUACGUCCCGGGGGAGGCCGAACUCUUCACCGUGCCACGGACGGGGGGGACGGUCCGCGGCAUCAAGAGCAGACACGCGCAGAUGAUUGCCAUCGGCGGCACCAUCGGCACCGGCCUCUUCGUCGGCUCCGGCCAGGCCCUGGCGGCUGCAGGUCCGGCCUUCCUCCUGACGGCCUACAUCCUGAUGAGCGGCGUCGUGUACGGCGUCGUCACCGCCCUCAUGGAGGUCAGCACUUUCUUCCCCGUCACCGGCGCCUCGACGGCGUACUUCGCCUCGCGGUACGUGUCGCGGUCCCUGGGGUUCGCCAUGGGCUGGCUGUACUUCUACAGCUUCGGCAUCCUCGUCGCCUACGAGAUCACGGCGGCCGCCAUCGUCAUCGACUACUGGCCCAACGACGUGCACGUCGCCGUGUGGCUGACCAUCAUGAUCGUCGUCAUAGUCGCCCUCAACUUCGGACCCGUCAGGAUCUAUGCCGAGACGGAAUUCUGGUUCGCCUCGGCAAAGGUCAUCAUGAUCAUCGGCCUGUUGAUCCUGUCGUUUAUCCUGUUCUGGGGCGGCGGGCCGUCGCGCGACAGGCUCGGUUUCCGCUACUGGGAGGAUGGCAGGGCGGCCAAGGCCUAUAUCGGGUCCGGCGCCGGCGGCCGCUUCACCGCCUUUCUCUGGUCGUGGUCCUACUCUGCCUUCUCCUUCUUCUUCGGUCCCGAGCUCAUCGUCUUCACAUCGGGCGAGAUGGAGAACCCGAGGAAGAACCUCCCGAUCGCCUCGCGCCGGUUCGCCUACCGACUCUUCGUCUUCUAUAUACUCGGCGCCCUUGCCAUCGGCGUCAUCUGCUCCUCAGAUGACUCUCGUCUGGUCUCCUCGUCGGGGAACGUCAACGCUUCACCCUGGGUCAUCGCCAUCAAGAACGCCAGCAUCCCUUCCCUCGACAGCAUCAUAAACGCUGGCGUCCUCCUCUCGGCGUGGUCGUCUGGAAAUGCCUUCUUGUACAUGUCUGCGCGAUCGCUGUACUCUCUGGCCGUGGCUGGGGAUGCGCCCAGUAUAUUUGCUAGGUGCAACCGAUACGGUCUGCCCGUGUACGCCGUCUGUGCGAGCAGCCUCUUCCCGCUCCUGGCAUAUAUCAACUGCUCUUCCAGCGGAGGCUCCGUCUUCAAUUGGUUCGUCAACCUGACAAACACGGCCGGCUUUACGUCCUGGAUCUGCUGCAUCGUCGUCUUCUUCCGCUUUAGAAAGGCUUGUGACGUGCAGGGUGUUUCGUCGCCGUACCGCUCCAGGAUCCAGCCUUACGCCGGCUGGAUCUCACUCUUCUUCGUCACCAUCUUACUCCUUGCCAAUGGAUUCACCGUCUUCUUCCCCGGGAGAUUCGAUGCUGCCGACUUCUUGACCUCUUAUAUCGGCAUCGUCGCGUUCCUGGUCUUGUACGUUGGCCGCAGGAUUUCCCUGUGGGAUGAGCCGUGGGCGUACGCCCCUUCUGAUGUCGAUCUUCAUACUGGCCUCGCAGAAGUCGAGGCCGAUGCUCUGCGCUGGGAGGAGGCGGAAAGUUCUCGGGAACUGGGCAGCAACAAGUGGUGGGAGAAAAUUUCCAUUCUCUGGAAGUGA